AUGGCGACGAGCAGCACGCAGACAGACGGCCAGAACGGCCAUCAGGACGACAAUGUGACGAUUGGCCCCGACGGCAAGCGGUACCGCACGGCGAGGGAGGGCCUGGCGCGCAUCUACGUGCCGCUAAGCGACGGCGAGAAGACACGGCAGAACGGCGGUGGCGGUCCUGCGGUCGAAGACCACGCGCAGCAGGUGUUUUACAAUCCGAUCCAGCAGUUCAACCGCGACCUCAGCGUGCUGGCCAUCAAGGCCUACGGGCAAGCCAAGCUGGAGGAGCGGGCCGAGCGGUUUGCCAAGAAGAAGGAGGUCUUUGCCCAGAAGAAGCGAAAGCAGGUGGCGGACAGGCGCGGAGACAAACGCAAGAGGGAGAACGAGGACGAGGCGGACGAGGGCGAGCGACCGGUCAAGGUCGGAAAGCAGUCGGACGACAGUGCCAGAGCCGAAGCUGAAGCCGAAGCCGAAGCCGAAGCCGGGACAGCAGACGGGCAAGAGUCACGUGAUCCGGAAGCGGAUUCUGCCGAGACGGCGUCUACAUGUACAAGCACAUCGGCCGGUCCUGCACCGAUCCGCAUCCUCGACGCGCUCUCAGCCACGGGUCUGCGGGCGCUGCGAUAUGCGCACGAGCUGCCGUUUGCGGUGUCGGUAACGGCCAACGACCUGCUCGCAGCGGCGACGAAGUCGAUCCGGCGCAACGUGGAGCUGAACGGACUGAGCGACAAGAUCACGGUGCGACAGUCGGACGCGCUGGCACACAUGUACACGGUGGUGGCCAAGGAGCUGACGCUGGAGGCAGCGGGCGGCGGGAGCAACAAAGUGCCGAACCGGAGCGAGAAGUACGAUGUGAUCGACCUAGACCCCUACGGCACGGCGGCGACGUUUUUCGAUGCGGCAGUGCAGUCUGUGCGCAACGACGGCGGGCUGCUGUGCGUGACAUGCACAGACGCGGGCGUGUGGGCAUCGCAGGGCUACCCUGAGAAGUGCUAUGCGCUGUACGGGGGAGUACCGAUGAAGGGCAGCCAGUCGCACGAAGCCGGGCUGCGGAUCGUACUGCAGGCGCUAUCGGUGUCAGCGGCACGCUAUGGAUUGGCGGUAACGCCGCAGCUGUCACUGUCGAUCGACUUUUACUGCCGGGUGUUUGUGACGGUGAGGCGGUCGCCAGCGAGCGUCAAGUUUCUGGCCGGCCGCACGAUGACGGCGUACAACUGCGACCAGGGCUGUGGCGCAUGGACGACGCAGCCGCUGCUGCGCAAUCGGGCGACGGCCAACAAGCGUGGUGACGGUCACUUUUACAAGCACACAUUUGCGACGGCGCCGCAGACAGACGCCUUCUGUCCGCACUGCCACACCAAGACGCAUCUGGCCGGGCCGAUGUUUGCGGGACCCAUCCACUCGGCGCCGUUCAUCCGGCGAAUCCUUGAGGAGCUGCCGCAGGCACCGACCGACGUUUACGGGACGACCGAGAGGAUCCGCGGGAUGCUGCAGACGGCGCUUGAGGAGUUGGUCGAGGGCGAGGUCGGGGGCGAGGACCACCUCGCAGCGCUGGACCCGAUGCCGUUCUUCUUCCUGCCGUCAAACCUGGCCAAGGUGGUGCACUGCAUGACGCCCAACGAGGACGCGAUGCGCGGGGCGCUGGUGCGGCUGGGCUACCGGGCCACACGCAGCCACUGCCGGCCUGGCAGCAUCAAGACGGACGCGCCAUGGUCGGUGCUGUGGGAUGUGAUGCGCGCAUGGGUGCGCCAGAAGGCGCCGGUCAAGCCGGAGAGCAUCCGACCGGGCACGCCGGCCGAGCGGCUGUUGCGGCUGGGGAGCAGUGGUGAGGGGAGUGAGAGGACGGAGAAAGAGGAGAAGGUCGAGACGGUCGAAACGACCGAAACGACCGAGACAACCGAGAAAGAGAGCAAGCUCGAGAUUGUUUUUGACGAGACGCAAGGCCACAAGCGCAUCCGCGGCGCCGACAAGCUGGUCCGGUACCAGAUCAACCCGCGCGAGAACUGGGGGCCGAUGAACCGGGCCAGAGGACAUUGA